AGUGGCUCCCGAUUGGUUCAAUCGGUCAUGUGAUCCCAAAAAAUACCCCCUUCGCCUUUCUGUCUCGAAUAUCCUAGAUGCAAAGACUUUUGUUGUUGCUUGGAAAUUCCACCGAAUCCGUUUAUAAUUGCCAGCUGCGCCUGGUAACAUUCAUUUUAUUGAAUUCUUCGUAUAGGUGGCUGUUUAUUACUGGAUUAAGUAAAAAGUGAUUUCUUAAACUUAAGGUUUGUGAUUGUGGUAUUUUUACAGUUCAUUUCUACCGCCUGGAAAAAAUGGAUGACGUUGAGCCUGAUUGUGGAACAAGUUUGAGGAAGCAGGGCAGUUUAAUGGACGACCAAAUUGACUCUGGUUUGGGAUCAAUAAAUUCAAUUGGAUAUUAUUCCGGAGAACUCAAUUUUUCCGUUGAAGAAGAUCAGUACAAAAGAAAAUUUACAGAUGUAUCAUCUCCGAGUAACUUGGGAUCAGUGGAUCUUGCCAGCAAACUUUCUGACAUGAAAAUUGAAUCUGAUUCAACGGGUCAGUGUGAUUCUGGCCUCGAGGAACCAAUACAAAUAAGCCUAGAGCAUACUGUGGAUGAACUAUUCCCACGAGAAACUUGGUGCUCGCCUAACUUUUCACCCCAGCAAGUAGUUGAGAUAUUUAGAGGAGAUGAGGAUGGUGACAAGUGAGUUUUCUUUAACAUAUUUGACUGGUCUGACUAAUCAAAUAAUAAUGGACUCAAUUUCAUUCAUUGGGCUGGACCUAAUUAUUUUGUUAUAGUUUAGCCUAGUGAACAUUAUAGUACUUAUAGUUUUUGACAAAAACCUAACUAAGGGCCCAGGCCUAAGAAGUAUUAAUUAACUAUAAUAUUAUUAUUAUUACGCAUACUUUAUUUUGUAACAAGAGGUUAAGAAGAAGACUUAUUAUGUUUAAUAUAAAUAUAAGUGAAUUGCAGGAAAAAAUGCGUUCUUUUCCGGGUUGGACAUUUAGCUGAGGCAUAAAUACGCCUUUCAUUUUAAAGUCAAUAUUGUAUCAUAUGGCAGCAGUUUGUCUAGGACACUACAUAGAUAUUCUUUAAUAAUCCACACGUUUAGACAUGUUCUUUGUGCGUGCUACGUCGGUUAAGGUCAUCGAUCGGUGUGCUGGGUGAUUCUAAAUUUAGGCAUUUUGGAAAGUACGUUGUUCUAAUUUUGGAUGUUCCUUGUCCGGGCCUCAGUGCUGGGAGAAAUUGGGAAGGGAUGGGACUCUUAACUAGCUAGACGGAAAACCCAGUCUUGCGCACUGCGCAAAUAAUAAUAAAAAAGAUGAGGAAAAAAAGUUGUAAUAACCCCAUCUGCCUGGCUUUGCAGACUGCACAGAUUUAUAGGCUAGGGGAUUUCCCUGUUGCUGACCCACUUUAGUCUUUGCCUAGGCUAACAUCUGCUACUACAUCAGUACAUGCUUUUAAUUUUAAUGAUUAAUGAAUGAUAGUUUGAGCCAUUUUUUGUUGAGGGUUAGAACUUAGCCGACUUAGGCUUAGGCCAGGCGGCAAUUUAAGUUGACAUUACAUUAAAACAUUAGUUACCGAUAUUAUAAUAAUUAUAUUAUUUAAGAAUCAUAAAUGAUGAUUGAAAUUUAUUAUGAUUUUAUGCAUCCCUCACAUAUCUUCACAAAUGUUCAGUCAAUGAAUUGGUGGACACCCUCUUACUUAAUACUAAUACAUCGUCACAAGUCACAAAAAUCAUGCCCCUCCCCCCCCCCCCCCNAAAAGCAGGCCCCCCCCCCCCCCAAAGCGUGACCCCAUUUUUGGAUGGCACCUAAGCCUAAGAUAACUUAUACUUAAAGGCUAUUGCUAUUAUAUUUGGGCUAUAAAGCUUAUUUAAAUUAACACUUCAUUUAACACUCACUGUCAUGACACAGAGGGAGAGAGGCAUCCAAUCGUAUUUUUGAUGCAAAAUGGGAAGUUAACUGCAAAAUAGGAAGUUAACUGCAAAGUCUAGCUGUUAGAGAGACACCCUUAUCUUGUUAAUGUUAACCAUAAAAUGUGCACAACCCCUUAUUAUAGGUCUGUUUAUAUUUUUUGGAAGACUCCCAUAUACCUGUAUUCGGUAUCAAUAGUUAAAAUUAAAACAUUGAAAUAUGUUACCAAUAUCAUGCUAUGAAAAUGAUGAUUUUAAAGGCCAAGGCUUUGUCAGAUCCCUUGGCCCAAGCCGGAACAUUUUUAACUAAUGUACUCCGUAAGUUUUUAUUAUAAUUUUAAUCUAAGUCAACUGUUAUAAUUAUAUUUAAAAAUUAAAAUAUAUUACUUUUUAUCAUUGCAGUCACUUACAUCUGAGCAUUAUUCAUGGACUUCCAGAAGUAACAAUGCAAAUAAUUGGCUUAGCACCUGAUCUGGAUUGGCUAAACCAUACCAACAGUCUUUUGCAGACACCAUUACAUAUUGCAGUGAUUACACGGCAGACCCGUGUAGUAAGACGGCUCAUGUCUGCUGGUGCAUCAGUUGAUGUUAGAGACCAGAUGGGAAAUACUCCACUUCACAAUGCAUGCAGACUAGGCUAUGAUGAUGUUGUACACACUCUAAUAACACCAGUCAAGACUGAGGAAACCCGACAAAAUAAAUAUGAUAUUUCUACUCAGAUAUUUCUCUUGGACUUGGAGUCAAAAAAUUAUGAAGGUUUGUAGUUUGUUUUUUUCCCUCAAUUUUUAUUUAAGUAUUAGACCAGUCCAGUUAAGUAGAUAUUUUUUCUUGUAAUAAACUAUUUUUAGUGUAAAUUUUUGCAUUCAAAAUAACAUUUAAAAAAUCUUUCUAAUGACAAAUAAUUUGACUUUAUAAGACAUUUGAAAUGAUUUUGUGACAUAUUUGACCUUGUUAAAAUGUUGUUAGUGAUAUAACAGGUCUUAAUGUCGAAAACCUUAAUUUUUUGUAAAUAUUUAUAUAAUGUCAUAUAGGUCUAACAUGUCUGCACCUGGCUGCUAUUGGGGGCCACCUUAGUGUUAUGCGGCUCUUACUCUUGCAUGGGGCAAACAUUAACACAGCAGAGGGCAAGAGUGGUCGGACAGUCCUUCAUCUUGCUGCAGAGUGGGGCAACAUGGUCAUUUUGAAAUUCUUAGUUUCAAGAAGAGAAACAGAUAUUGAUGCAAGAACAUACGCAGGACUAACACCAAUUCUCCUUGCUUUUGGACGAAAUCAUGGAGAUAUUGUGGAAGAGUUAUUGAACCAUGGAGCUUCUUGUGAAACCUUGUCACUGAGUGAUGAUUCUGAUGCAGAUAUUUCAGAUGAGGAAAUGGUGGGUUUUUUUGUCUCUUAAUUAAUAUUUAAAUAAUUUAUUCAUCGUAUUUAAAUGUCAACCUAUUGUUAUAAAUUGUAAUAUCAUGGAAAUAAUUAAAUGAAAACCUCCAAUGCAGUCAUAUUCUUAAAUCUUGUUGCCAAGCUGAUUUUUAAUUCAAAUGACAAGCUUAUUUUUACUAUUGAAAUUACUUGUCCCUAAAGCCUAUUACAAUCAAUCAUUUCCAUAGGUUGAGGAAGCACCAAGCUUGAAGCCAUUUGGAGCAUUACCCCAAAGAGUUUGUCAGAAUACCUAUGGAUAAAUCAGACAUUCUGGGGUCAUUGUGAUAGGCAAAAGAGCAAGUAAAUCCAGAUGUGGCAAUAUCCAUAGAACAGUGCCAUUUCAGCCUGUCAGAUGGAACUGUAGUUCCCUAUCCGACCAGGAGUCUUGAACUAGAGGCCUAGAGCGAUACUUUGUUGAAGUGCAGCCAGAAAUAACCCUGAAAGUAUUUUUGAAAGAUAAAUGAAGUUGGUCCUUUACUGGAAUUUUUUUUUUUUUUUUCAAUCAAAUAAUUUUGUUGCAAAUAAUGCAAAUGGCUCUAGGUUUUUUCAUUUUAUUUUUUUUUUACAUCACUUCUUUUAGAAUGUUGGAAAUUCCAAAAUUGCAGAGGACAAAUUUAUUUAUCCAGAUAAUUUUCUUUUCCUGGCAGUUUUUCAUUUCACUCAGGGAGAAAUGGUGCAAGAUAGUUGCGAGGCUCCAAAAUCAAAGUUUCAAUUUGUUUCAAUGUUACAACAUAACUAGUGGAGAUGCAGAGUUUGAAUUAUUUUUUAAUUAAAGCACUUUUUUUUCUCUUAGUUCUUUAAAUUAAAUUCUAUAAUGGUAUUUAAUUGGAAUUUUACCUAUGUUUUUAAAUUGACUCAAUAUAAUUUUGAAGUGAUAAUUUAUUAGGGGUUUUUCUUCUCCCUGUUGAAAUGAAAAGAAAAUUCAGAAACCGUAAAUUUUUUAAUGGAACAAAAAUAUUAUUUUCUGGAAUUUCAAAAGAAUAAUUUCAAAGUUAAACCUGUACUUUUGUGAUUAGCUUUCAGUUUCAGAAACUAUAAUGUCUGCAGUUGAAUACUUUCAGAGGUUCUUAGCAUCAUGUAAACAAGAAUAAACCUUGUGUUUAAUAUACCUGGUACCAACAAAAACUGAGUUAGUCUUCAUCGAAUGGGCCUUCUGGUUUUCAACUGAAUGGGGAAAAAACAACUUUGCAGCUCCUUAGCAUUGGAAUGUGUUAAAACACCUAGGAUGCAGAGAGAUUUGAAAUGUUCAUGGAGUAGAUUGAGAGAAACCUAAAUGUUCUGCCAUGUUUUCAAUCCAAAUACAUGCAUUUUAUUGCUAUUACAUAUUAUUGUUUAUAUUUGAAUUGUUUCUUCAAUUUCAAUGUAAAAAAAAAAAAAUGAACUAGUAAUUUUGGCAGCAAUGUUUUUUUAUGGGUCCAUUAGGACAAUUCCGGAAUAUUUCAAUUCUUGUAUUAGUUGUAUUGAGCUGAUGAGAUUCUGUGUUGUGUCUGAAACAUUAAGAAACCAGAAGCAUGAUCCGAUAUUUGAUUGGUAAGAUUAGAUGUCAUUGUAGAUACCUCUGAUGAGUUUAGUGAACAACCACCACAGGGGUGGAUUAUGCUAUUAAUUUAUUGAUGAUGUUGUUGGUGUUGUGAGUGUGAGUGUGGUGAGAAUGGCAACACUCAAUGGCUGUUAGUGCUGAAAAGUGUACGCAGUUUGUAUGGCAACACUCGUUACUGUUUAUAUUGUUUGUGUGCCGUGACCAUGGCAGCACUCACUGCUGAUGUGGGUGUGGGGAAAUUUAAAAGCACUCGCAGAUGCAGGUGUUGUAACUUUGAAGUGAGGUGUGAAUGGGAGCAUUCACUGCUGUCAGUGUUGUGUGUGCAUGGCGACCAACGGUCAUGGCUGGUGAGGGUGUGGUGCCAAGAAACCUCUGUAGGUUACAGAGGCAAAUGUAAAUGUGUAUAGUGUAGAGCAAGACUUAUGUAAUCCUCAAAUGUAGAUGACACUCAUCGGCAUUGAUCCCAUGAGUUGUCAUAUAAACCAUUCACUUUAUUUACUUCUUGCACAUGUUGAUUAAAUAAAUAUUAGGUAUUUGUAUUAUGCACUUCUUC